GGAAAGAUGAAUUAUAAUAUAAUAAAAAAUAUUAAGUAGUUUUUAUAUUUUAAUUUUUUGCAUUUAGCCUAAAAAAUCAGUAGUAGCGGGCUCGUGAUGGAAGCCAAACAAACUAUUUGCAACUACUGUUCAUGGGGAUGGGGACUGGGGAGUAACAGUAAGCUGAUUAAGUUUGGAUAUUAACCAUGCAAACAGUGUUAAAACGCCAAUUUAAAACAACGCAGUGCCUAAUUUUUCGCCCUUUAUCGACCCUGAUAAACCCUAAAUCAUUUCUAGACAUCAAUUUCAGCUCCUUGGGUAACGUUGCAGCUCUUGACGAUCACAAAGAGAAUCAGUUAAAGCUGAUUGAUUUGGAUCUUUUGGCUCGGUUGCAACAUGGUUCUCAUGGGUCCAUUUGUAGCUCAUACCCUCUUAACAAGCUUAUAUCCUCAUGUGCAACUUCAAGAUCACUUCAUACUGGUAUUCAAAUUCAUUCAUUUGUUAUCAAGAUGGGUUUUUGUCCGCAUGUAUAUAUCAGCACUGCUCUUCUGGACAUGUAUGGCAAAUGUGGUGUAAUAUCCGAUGCCCAGAAACUGUUCGACGAAACGCCUCACAGAAAUGUGAUUACAUGGAACUCGUUAAUUUCAGGUUAUCUUCAUACCCAUUUCGUGGAUUUUUCAGUCGAGUUGUUUCUAGAAAUGCUUAGAUUGGGAAUAUACCCAACUCAUUUUACUAUUUCGACUGUUCUUGUUGGGUGUUCACAGUUGGAAACACUCGAAUUAGGGGAACAAGUGCAUGGGUUAAGUACAAAAUUUGGGUUUCUUUCUAAUGUUGUGGUGUGUACGUCUUUGCUUGAGAUGUACUGGAAAUGCUCUAAUGUAGAUGAUUCUAGGAGAAUAUUUGACGAAAUGUCUGAUAAAAAUGCUGUUGUUUGGACCUCAAUGAUCACUGGUUACACACAGAAUCAACAAACCAACAUUGCAAUGUGCAUGAUUAAAAAAAUGCUGGUUUCAGGUCAUAAAGCAGAUUCCAUAACUUAUAAUACUUUGUUGAGUUCCUUUUCCAAUAUAGAUGACAUGAUCCAUUGUGAACAAAUUCAUGGCUCAAUCAUAAAACAAGGGUUAGAUUCAGAUGUUUAUUUAGCAGUUACUUUAGUUACUGUUUAUUCAAAAUGUGGUAGCAGCUUACAGGACUUCCACAAAAUAUGUGCCACUCUCCCAGUAAGGAACAAAAUAACAUGUAACGCCAUUAUUGCUGGAUUUUCAAACAUGGGAAAUGUCGAGAAAGCCCUUGGUGUCUUUUCGGAAAUGAGGCAGAUAGGUAUUGAUACUGAUUUCUUUACAAUUUCAAGCAUUUUAAAAGUUAUAGGAGUUAUGUCAUCUUUCAAAGAGGGUAAACAAAUCCAUAGUCUUAUAGUCAAGUCAGGUCACUCUUCAAAUAUAUACAUACAAAACGGGCUUAUUUCCAUGUAUGCAAAAAGUGGUGACUUUGAUGAAGCAAAAUGGAUGUUUACAUCAAUGGUGGAACACGAUACAGUAUCAUGGAACUCACUUCUUUCAUGCUAUGCUCAACAUGGAAAAGGUAAGGAAGCAGUUGAAGUUUUUGAAGAAAUGAGAAACACCAAAGUCAAACCUGAUUUGACCACGUUUCUUAUUGUGAUUUCUGCUUGUGGUCAUGUAGGAUUGGUGAAGAAAGGGUUAGAAUACUUUGAGUUAAUGAGAAGUAAUUAUGGUUCACCAAAAGUUGAACAUUAUGCUUGUAUUGUUGAUCUUUAUAGUAGAGCUGGUUUUCUUGAUGAAGCAGAAGUGUUUGUGAAUAAAUUGGGAAUGGAAGUGGGACCUGAGGUGUAUAAAGCUCUAUUAAGUGCUUGUAGGGUUCAUGGAAAUAAGGAAAUCGGUUUGCGUAUGUCAAGAAAAAUUGUGGAUUUGUUUCCUGAUGAUCCUGCAGUUUAUGUGCAGGUGUCGAAUAUUUUGGCUAGUAAUGGUUAUUGGGAUGAUUCUGCUAGAGCACAUAAUUUGAUUUGUAGUAAAGGAAUCAAGAAAAAAGCAGCAUGUAGUUGGAUAUAACCUGACUUAUUGCUAAGUUUUUUCUUUCUUGUGUAUGAAAAUUGAAAUGAGAAUGAUUAAUCAUCUAUUUUGAGGUUGUGAAA